GUAUAGUAUCUAAUUUGUUAAGUCGUAAAAAAUAUUAAACAAUAUUUGUAGCAACCAACAAUUUAACAAUAUUAAAAAUUCUGUUCAAUCAAAAAGUUAAACAUUAGAAAUUACUUUAAUUAUGGAAACUGAAGAAUCUCAUACUGAUAGCCCACCAAUGUCUCGUUUAUUCAUAAUAUGCGGGAAAAGCACUACGGAAGAAGCAAUUAGGAAGGAAUUUUCAAAAUUUGGUAAUAUUCAUAAUAUAUGGUUAGUUAAAGACAAGAACACUGGUGAAAAUAAAGGAAUAGCAUAUGUUAAAUUCAUAAAAACAAGUGAUGCUGCUGCUGCUUUGGAAGAAAUGAAUGGAAAAACAAUAGCAGAAAGUGAAAAACCUCUUAAAGUUUUUGUAGCAUCAAGUCGGGGUUCAGGAACGUCGAGAAAAGAUAAUGAUGAAGAAAGAUAUUUAAGACUGUUUAUUUUAGUUGGAAAAUCUGUUACAAAAAACGAAAUAAUUGAAGAAUUCAGCAAACAUGGUGAAAUUGAUUCAGUUGUCAUAGUAAAAGAUAAAAAAACAAAAGAGUCAAAAGGUGUAGCGUAUGUUAAAUACAAAAAGUUUCUUGGAGCUGCAUUAGCUUUUGAAAACUCCCCACAAAAAUAUAAGGCUGUAUUUGCCACACCAAGACCAACAGAUGAAGAAAAUUAUAAAAGUCGUGAUGAGUCGGUUAAAAGACCAAGAGUAGAUGAUAAUUCAAGAGAUAUAAAAACUGGAAUUAAAAAAUUUGAAAAUGUUGAACAUCCCACCAUCACUUUCGCUGAUUUAUUAAAAUCAAAACAAAAAAAUGCAAGCCCUGCAACUCUUGAAGUAAUAUCUAGUAAUUUAUUAAAUCAAGAUCAACUUUGGCGUUUAUUCGAUGUAAUACCUGGCUUAGAUUAUUGUCAAAUAGUGGAAGGAUGUGGACCAAAAGAUCAAAGCGUAACAGUUGUUUAUACAAAUUCAGAGUCGGCGCAAUAUGCAAAAGAAAAAUUACAUGGUUUAGAAUAUCCACCAGGUCAACGAUUGAUUGUUCGUAUUCUUUCAAAGGACUCCCAUGAUAUAAAAUCUUAUGAUAAUCAACUUUCAAAAGAUUGGUUUUGUAAUGUAAAACUUCAAUCACCUAAACCAAUUCUAGAUCCUGAUGCAUACUGUGCAGCACGUUGUUUUAUAGUUUUAUCUUCGACCGUACCAAUACCGAUUUUAAAAAAUGUUUUUUGUACGUUUGGAUCUUUAAUUAGUGUAUAUAUGAUACAUAACAAAAACUGCGGUUAUGUUAAGUAUGGGAGUGCAAAAAGUGCUGAAUUAGCUAUUAAAACUUUAAAUGAUGCGGAAAUAUGUGGUGUUAAAAUAAAAGUAAUGGUAGCCGACGCACCUAGAGACUCAAAUGUAGGUUUUAAAGGUAAUUAAAAGAUUACUGGAAGUUGAAGAAUAAGAUUUCUGGCAUCAAAAGUU